CCUGGGGAGGGGGAGACCGCUCCGUCUGGCAGGCGCCACCCGGGCUGGGGUCACCUUUUCAGGUGGCUUAACGGCUCUGGAGUGGACGUGUACCCCCGGCUUUUCGCCGUGUUCGGGACCCAGACCCUCCCCUCCCCAGAGAACCUGGACACAGCUUAUCUUCCUCAUCUAUAACGAGCGUGCGGCGAGGGGAUUGAGGGCAGGACGGAGGGCGGGGAUGACUUCCUUUUUUAAAGAACGGAAACCUGGCACGGUUUCUAGGGAGGAGUGUGUGUCCCUCCUUGUCCCCUUUGCGCCCUGCGGCAGGCUAGAACCCCCUCAGGCCCCGGUCUGUGGACUCAGGCGUGAGGCCACUUCCAGGAGGGCCUUUUAGACUAGUGAGGGGCCUCUGGAGAACUGGCAGUCGCCUGGGUUCCCAAGACUGCUUUUGAGUGAAGAGCUACUUCCGGGUUCUGCGUUAGAUAAAGUACUUAGGGUCUUCUGCUGUCCAUCUGCUUUGCGGUGCAAGGUGAUCGUUCUUGCCAGAUGCUUUGUGGGAAAUUUCAGUGGAGAUGUCAAUAUUUUGGCACAGAUGUCCAAGAAGUGACAGUGCUGAAGGGAUUUAACUCUACAUGUCUGGCACAGAUCUGCGGCUCCUAAGAUUGCCAAUAGAUCAUUUGAAGCAUGAUUUAUAAAGAAAGUCAGAUCUCAAGGGUGUCCUGCAAUGCAGAUGUCUUAAAAAGUCUUAACUCAGAGAUGGCAGUGAUUGAAACAUAGUGUGGGAAGGAAGAACAAUAUAUAAAGAAGAAGAAACAGGACUUGGCUCAGCAAGCAAAAGAAACACUGAACAAAGGAGAGGAAACCAACAAAGAUAAAUUUGGAAGCACUGAAUGCAGCAAAACAAGAACAAUGGAUCUCAAGUUCAACAGUUCCAGGAAAUAUAUUUCUAUAACUGUCCCUCCCAAAACACAGACAAUGUCACCACACAUCAAGUCAAUAGAUGACGUUGUAGUGCUUGGCAUAAAUCUCAGCAGAUUUAACAAACUUACUCAGUUUUUCAUAUGUGUUGCUGGAGUUUUUGUAUUUUACCUAAUUUAUGGAUAUUUACAGGAAUUAAUAUUUUCAAUGGAGGGUUUUAAGUCCUUUGGCUGGUACCUAACUUUAGUACAGUUUGCAUUUUACUCCAUAUUUGGCCUAAUAGAACUUCAGCUUAUUCAGGACAAAAGGAGAAGAAUACCAGGAAAAACCUACAUGAUAAUAGCUUUUCUAACUGUGGGUACUAUGGGGUUAUCAAAUACUUCCUUGGGCUACCUGAAUUAUCCCACCCAAGUCAUCUUCAAGUGCUGCAAAUUGAUUCCUGUUAUGCUAGGAGGAGUUUUUAUUCAAGGGAAGCGUUACAACAUUGCAGAUGUGUCUGCUGCCAUAUGUAUGAGCCUUGGCCUGAUAUGGUUCACCCUAGCUGACAGCACGGUUGCACCAAAUUUCAACCUGACCGGUGUGAUCCUUAUUUCCCUGGCACUGUGUGCGGACGCCGUCAUUGGGAACGUUCAAGAGAAAGCCAUGAAACUACACAAUGCUUCCAACUCAGAAAUGGUUUUGUAUUCGUAUUCCAUCGGUUUUGUGUACAUUUUACUGGGAUUGACAUGCACUAGUGGGUUAGGCCCUGCAGUAACAUUUUGUUCAAAGAAUCCAAUUCAGACCUACGGUUAUGCUUUCCUUUUUUCCCUCACUGGGUAUUUUGGAAUCUCCUUUGUUCUGGCUUUGAUUAAAAUUUUCGGUGCACUUCUUGCUGUAACAGUGACAACCGGAAGAAAAGCAAUGACUAUCGUACUUUCAUUUAUGUUCUUCUCCAAACCAUUCACAUUUCACAAUGUCCCUCUUUUUAGCAUAAUAGUGCAGCAACAAAAUAAUAGCAGAAGAAUCUGGCCAACUCAUGUGGAUCACUCUAUUCAAUCUUACGUACAGGAUUUGUACGUGUGUGUAUACCCAGAGAUGACUCAUAAAGAAGACGGGAAUGAAGAAGCAACCAAGGUAGACAAAAAAUGGCCGAAUCUCUUCCUGGAGAUCUGGGAGUAAAUCCACAGCUCCCCAAGCUUGCUUCAAGAUGGUGUGAAUUACACAUACAAUUAAAAGACUUGAAAAUAUGAAUAGAUUUAAAAGAAUAACAACUGUUUUGAAGUUUUGCAAUGCCUGUAUUCAUCUGGACCAUAUCAGAAAAAUAAAGAGAAUGUCAUUACAUAUUCA